AUGACUGCCACAGUCCCAGACAGCCGCCCUCAACCACUACAAUGGACCAAUGAUCUCAAGGUACAAGAUACUGGCUCCGGUGGGCUUGAGGCCUUGGAGGAAGAGUUUUCGGACGGAAAGAUGCAGUACGCAUUUGCUCGCGUUAAAGACCCGAAUAGUCAAUUGAACAAGUUUGUCCAAAUCAACUGGUGCGGUGACGGCGUGCCCGAGUCUCGGAAGGGGCUGUUUCACACGCACUCAAGCUCAGUGGCUGCAUUCCUGAAAGGGACACACGUCGUAAUCAAUGCUCGGAAUGAAUCGGAUGUGUCACCAGCACUUAUCAUGAAGAAGGUCAACGAUGCAUCUGGCGCAAAGUACUCCAUUCACAAAGAGGCACCAAAGAGACCCGACCCCAUUGCCCCUGUGGGGUCAACGUACAAACCUGUCGGAGCGCCAGAUAUUGCGGCGCUCCGUAAGACCGCCAAGCCUGAUGUUAUAGGAAAAGUGGGAACUGCGUACACGCCCGCCCGUGAAGAGCUAACAAGCAUCCGCUCGACCCCGCAGCCUCCGGUUCCCUCUGCUCCCCGUCCAGUUCCAACGACUCCGGCUACCGCACCAGCAUGGGAUGCUCCUUCAGCGCCUCCACCUCCGCCAGCGGCAUCGCGGCCAACUGCUCCACCUCAUGUCCCUACAGCUUCCCGACCAGUACCUGCUGCCCAACCUCCACCACCUUCGGCAGCAGGAGGUCCUCCGCCGAAGCCAGCGGAAGACGAUCGGAUUCACCCUGUUGGUACCGCAUACACACCUGUUUCGUUGCCCAAGCCCAAGAGGCUUGUUAAUCCCUUCGAGGCUAAGACUGCCGAGGCCCAGGCAACGGCAAAUCCUGUGCCUCCUGUUCGCAGCAGUGGGGGACUUACUUGGAGCCAACGACAAGCUCUUAAGAAACAACAAGAGGCCGAGGAAGAAGCGCGUAGUAAAGCGGCUCUAGGUGUCGGUGUCGGUGCUGCUGCUGUCGCCGUAGGUGCAGGUGCUGCUGUUGCCAUAUCUCAGAUCGACUCCGAGCCCGAACCUGAGCCCGAACCCGAGCCUGAGCCUAAGGUAGAGGCGGAGGUUGAGACAGCUCCCCCGCCCCCACCUCCGCCGCCAGCUCCUCCCCGACCUAUGGCCAUAUCUGAACCUGAACCCGAAGAAGCGGCACCUCCACCGCCGCCACCACCGCCGCCACCACCACCACCUGUCGCUCCGCCCAGAGAACCUUCACCCGUGGAAGAAAUAACGGAACAGGCAGCCCGGUUAAACCUCGAUCAGGGACACGAGGCGGUAGCGACUUACGAUUACGAGGCUGCCGAGCCUAAUGAGAUAUCUUUCUCAGAGGGGGAGCGUAUUACAAACAUAGAAAUGAUUGAUGAAGGGUGGUGGCAAGGAACAAAUUCUCAUGGACAGACGGGUCUUUUCCCUGCAACCUAUGUUGAACUCGUUGAAGCGACAGAAGCUGUUGAACCAGCUCCACCUCCACCUCCACCGCCGCCGCCACCCCCUCCAGCAGCACCAGCAGCACCACCUCGUCCCCCGACCCCAGAACCUGAGCCCGAGGAAUCUGGUGUUGUUGCCGUCGCUCUAUACGACUACGAUGCUGGCGAGGAGAACGAAAUAUCAUUUAAGGAAGGUGACCGAAUCGUGCAAGUGGAUACUUCCGUCAGUGACGAUUGGUGGAAUGGCACGACUGCGAGCGGCGCGACGGGCCUAUUCCCGGCGGCUUAUGUCCAGAUACAGGAAUAA